GAGGCGGCUGGCAGGGGCCGCCCGCGCUGAGACAGGCGGGCUGCGCGUGCCCCGGCCGGCAUGGAGAUCGGGCGCUGCGGGGAGCAGGAGGCGAGCAGAAAGGAGCAUUGGAAACUGCUGGGCAAUUUGAAGACCACCGUCGAGGGAUUAGUGUCCAGCAACAACCCGAACGUCUGGUCUAAGUAUGGCGGCUUGGAGCGGCUGUGCAGGGAUAUGCACGGCAUCCUCUAUCACGGGCUCAUCCACGAUAAGGUGUACUGCAAGCAGAAGGAUUACUGGCAGUUUGUGAAAGACAUCCGCCGGCUGAGCCCGCAUUCUGCUCAUCACGUGGAGAAAUUCAUCAGCCUGCACGAGAAUGGCCAGCCAAGCGCAGAUGGUGUAGGUGAUCAAGCCAUAGCAGAGCUGUGGCUACAGCACAGUCUGCAGUUCCACUGCCUCUCCGCACAGCUGAAGCCGCUGCUUGAGAACAGACAGUACAUCAGGAAAUUCUACUCAGACGCUGCCUUCCUGCUCAGUGAUGCCCACGUGACUGCCAUGUUACAGUGCCUGGAGGCUGUGGAGCAGAACAACCCCAGACUUCUGGCUCAGAUUGACACGUCCAUGUUUCUCAGAAGGAGUGAGGCCCCAUUGCCUGUGACGAAGAGUCAAAGCCUGACGGCCCUCCCUGGUUCUGUAUGUAUCCCUCCUAUGGACUAUACACAGCACAGGUACUUCGGAUCCUUCUCCAGUCUGCACCAACCAGCCUCCAACAGCAUGUCAGACAGGAGACCAGCAAGCCCCUCCGUGUGCAGCAGCACGAGCCAGCCUCUGGAAAAUGCCCUGUACAACGUACCCCUCUUGCUGCCUGAGGACAGAUCCCCUCUGGGCCAACCUGGCCUCUCGCGGCUCAGUUUUACCUCCCCCAGAGACUCCUUCUCUUCAGUCAGCGAGAUGAGCACCAGCACCGUGACCAGCCAGAGCGAGGACCCCUGGGCGAGUAGCCAGGAUGACACCCAGAGCGACACCAAUGAUGGGCCGGAGUAUCUGGCCAUUGGGAACCUGGGGCGGUGCGGCCGGGCCUGUAGCAGCCAGAGCAGUGCCAGCAGUAGCACCACCAACAGCAACAAGAGCAGCGGUUCCAAUCUGUUCUCAUCCAGCAGCUCCCAGAAGCCGGAGUCCAUCUCCUCCUUGGAGGACCAGGGUGCGAGCGGCGGCAGCAGGGGGAUGAGUCUCUUGCGCAGGUCCAGCUUUUCGGAGGGGCAGGCAUCAACCCCCCAAGGGAUCCUCAAGAGAAGCCAUGCACGCUCGCACUCAGAUACCAACGUGGCCUCUGGGAAAACUCCCGAAUCCCAGUGUGACGCCUCGAGGGUGCCGGGUCAUGUCUCCGGCUCCACCCAGAGCAGCGAAGCGAGCACGCCCAGCUCCCUCUACAUGGAGUACGAUGCUGGCCAGUACCUGAGUUCGGGGGAAGGGAUGUUCCGAAGACCCUCGGAAGGACAGUCCCUGAUCAGUUACCUGUCUGAGCAGGACUUCGGCAGCUGUGCAGACCUGGAGAAGGAAAACGCUCACUUCAGCAUCUCUGAGUCGCUGAUCGCCGCCAUCGAGCUGAUGAAAUGCAACGUGAUGAACCGGCGGCUGGAGGAGGAGGAAGAGGAGAGUGACAAGGAGAUCCAGGAGCUCAAGCAGAAGAUUCGCAUCCGGCGCCAGCAGAUCCGCACCAAACAUGUGCUCCCUGCCUACCGGGAAGUGGGCUCCGACAGCUUCGUGGCUACAGACAGUGAGUCCCAGUUCAGCUCCCGUGACUCCAUGUGGCUGUCUGACUCGGGCUCAGCAGAGGACGUGGAGGAGUACGAGAUAAGAGAUGGUAACGAUGGAUCUAACCUGAUUCAAAUGUCCAAGAACGGCCUGUCAGUGUCAAUGGCUUCCUUGUUUUCAGAUGCGGACAUCAAGCGGGGUGCAGCGUCUAGCAGGAAGUCUUUCCUCUCCUCGGAAUCCAUAUCCCACUCCUUCCUCCAUUCGAACUCAGCGGAGGCCGUGGCCAUGGGCUUGCUGAAGCAGUUCGAAGGGAUGCAGCUCCCAGCCGCUUCUGAACUGGACUGGCUAGUCCCAGAGCAGGAUGCCCCCCAGAAGCUCCUGCCAAUUCCGGACUCUCUGCCCAUCUCGCCCGACGACGGAGAGCACGCCGACAUCUACAAGCUCCGAAUCCGGGUCCGCGGGAACCUGGAGUGGGCUCCCCCCCGGCCGCAGAUCAUCUUCAACAUUCACCCAGCCCCAACGAGGAAGGUGGCUGUAGCCAAGCAGAAUUACCGGUGCGCAGGCUGCGGCAUCCGGACAGACCCCGAUUACAUCAAACGGUUGCGGUACUGCGAGUACCUGGGCAAGUACUUCUGCCAGUGCUGCCACGAGAACACCCAGAUGGUCAUUCCCAGCCGCAUCCUGCGGAAGUGGGACUUCAGCAAGUACUACGUCAGCAACUUCUCCAGGGACCUGCUGAGCAAGAUCUGGAGCGACCCGCUCUUCAGCGUGCAGGACCUCAACGCCGCUCUGUACCGGAAGGUGAAGGCUCUGAAUCAAGUCAGGCUGUUGAGAAUCCAGCUGUUUCGCUUGAAGAACAUGUUUAAGACCUGCCGACUAGCUAAAGAGCUCCUGGAUUCCUUCGACACGGUGCCAGGUCAUUUGACGGAGGAUCUCCACCUCUACUCCUUAAAUGACCUGAAUGCCACUAAGAAGGGGGAGCUAGUUCCCCGCCUGACGGAGCUCAUAAAGGCAGGUACCCUGCACGUUGAGAGAUGCAUGCUGUGCCAAGCCAAAGGCUUCAUCUGUGAGUUCUGUCAGAAGGAGGAGGACAUCAUCUUCCCCUUCGAACUGAACAAGUGCAGGACGUGUGAAGAGUGCAAGGCCUGCUACCACAAAUCCUGCUUCAAAUCGGGCUGCUGCCCCCGGUGUGAGCGCCUGCACGCCAGGAGAGAGCUGCUGGCCAAGCAGAGCAUGGAGUCCUACAUCUCGGACUACGAGGAGGAGGAGCCACCAGAGGCAGUGGCCGCGACGUGAGUGUGGUGGCGGAGGGCGAAGAGGAGACCAGCGAAUGUAUUUGUGUGCGUGGCCCUCGUCAUCAGAGACUAAACUAAGGACUAACCUGACUCUUUCACAAUAAAGGAGCCCGUGGGAGGGCUGAAUUGUGGGAGAUCUCGGAGCAGCUGGCCCUCACACGCUGACGGGAUCGGCUUGGUUUGCCUCAAGAGAGCCGGUUUCUUUGCUCUCUACGCGAUGGUGUUGGGGACGGCGGACUCCGGACGCUAGUUCUCGCAGUCGGGAUCCUGCCGAGGUGGACACGCUGCUGCCUUCGUACAGGGUCCGGCGGCGAAUCCUGUCUGCGCCACACUCCGAGCGCAAUGAGCGUUUGUAUGCCAGUGUGCUCCCCUGGCCCCUUAGGGAGGAGCUCAGCCAGACGCUGGCUUAGCCAGGAGGUUCUUGAGGAGCUUCCACCGGUUAGGAGGUGAAAGCUCCUGUCUAGCUCAGCUCUCCACGGGGGAGUAACUGGAGUCCUGCCGCUGCCCAGGCUGGCUGCCUUGGGGCAAAAGAGAAGGGGCUUUGCCAAGUCCUCUGCCUAUGACACGCCAUAUCCUUUGCCGCUGACAUGACCUUUUUAACAAUCCCUUAUUCAGAACUGAUAUGACUUGAUUUGGGGGCGGGGGGGAAGAAGCAGCAGCAAACAGCGCCUUGUCCUCUGCCUGGCGAAGCCAUCACAAACUGGAUACCUGCUGGGCUGGUAGAUCAGGCUAGAGCACGCGGACUGUGUGGGAUUUUCCCUUCGACCCGGCCCUGCUUUAGCUGCAUGCAGGCUGGGGGAGAGAGCUGUGCCAGUCGCUGUCGGGAGCAGCCCCCGUCUCCGCUAUUGAUGUUCGGUUCCUCAGACUGUGCCUGGUGCUGACGGAGCUCCCACCUGCUGGGUGAAGGGCUGGGCUUCGGCCCAGAGGCGUGACUGCCACCUUUCCCCCAGUGCUAGGUGCCGGGAGAUCGCCCUGUGCCAUGCUCUGGCACUGACAGCAGGUGAACAAGGGGCUGGAAGGCGGGGAGGACAGACCAUGAGGAAGGUGCAUGCCCAGCAUGGGGAGAGGAAACGCCUUGGCUGAGCUGGAGGAAGCAGCUGCUCUGAAGCUGGCUUCUCUCUGCUGACCUUGCAGGAGAUGAGCUGCCGAGUGCUGCUGUUACCCUGGGCUGGGGGCAGGGUUCCCCCGUGUCUGUCUGCCGGGGCAGGGGGGCUGGGCAGUUACUCUUAGAUCCAAGAGCAAGGAUGAGUUUGAACACAGCCAGAGCUCAAUGCCGGGGUGCCAGGCGGAGUGGGGGCUCCUGCACCAGGCCCAUAGCUGGGCACUCAGGUGACUCCACGUGACACUCACCCCCACUAUUUCGGAGCUUGAUGAAGUCACGGUCAGUCUCAGUGGAGCCUUUCUCCCAUCCAUGCUGCACCCUCGGUGUAAUGUGUCCUCCCUGCAGUGGAUUCUGGCCAGGCCCGUUCCAGACCUUGGCGUUGGUGUGUCGGGCCUGCCAGUUUGUGCUGGGCUCUCCUGAUGCUGUGCGGCCCCAGGCUGUUCUGUGACAUGCACCUUUCACCUCCCGCUAGCAGAACGCUUCAGCCAGCUCCCUUGGCUUUGAGAUGAGCUGCACUUCUCAUCCCCCUGGAUCCUGCCCGUUGGAGUGACCGAGUAAUGAGCGUGUCUAGCAGGACCGCCAAUAACCUGGUAAAGGAGCCGCCCCCGAGCGCACUGGGUAGAGCUGGCCUUGUGAUACAGAGCGCCAUGUAGUCAGGAGAUUAGCCCGGUCCAGAACGUCUCCCCAGAACCCCACGCUCCUCAGUCACUGCCUAAACCACUUUGCCCUGCUGAGCCGUGUGUUUGUGGGGAGGGAUGUGGUCGUCCACAGUGCCCACUGGCUGCCCCCAGCCCAGCGUUCCUCAGAGCUGGUAUCAGAUCAGUCCCCAGAGCAGGGGUAAAGCUGUUUAUUUGCCAUCCGGAGCCCCCCCAGAGAGCCAGUGCCCCAGGCCAGCCCCUCUUCUCAGUGUAUCGUCUCAGCUGGGCUGAUCUUUGUGUACAUAGUGUUGUUUUAAGUUGAUCUCUUUUAAAGGCAAUUGCUCCUGUCUUUUUAACGAGCGGCUCUCGUUUGAGUUGGUCACUUAGGGCCAGCUUUUAAAGCUAUUUAGGUGCCUAACUCGCGUUGAUUUCAAUGGGAGCCCGACACCCCACAUCUUUAAAAAUCUGGGCCUUAGUGUCCAUGGCCAGCAGUACGGGAGGCAUUUUCUGCCUGGCAUGGACGAAUUGUGCUCCUCCAGCACUUCAUGCUAGCUCCGCCUGGGGAAAGCUCCUGGGGGUGGAUGUCCUGACACCCAGCUGAGCCCGGGCAGUCCUGUGGCAUGGCACAGACGGGCAGCGGACUGGGAGUUGGUGUGAUUUGGGGGAGUGUCCAGAGAGUCUACAAUGCGGCUUCAAUACGGAGCUGCAGCCUGUAGCAACUCCCCAUUGGGGUAUUCAGUGCUCCCUCGGGGCUGCACGCGGUGAGUGGACGUCUUUGCACGUUGGGGCUUGUGGUCUCUGCAGGUAGUGGUGGAUCUCGGCUCCGGUUUAUGGAAGAUGGGCGUGUCCCUUGGCACAUGGACACAUUUCCAGCGCGGCCGUUGGCUGGGCGCUCCAUGUAGUCGUGUACGUUGAAAGGCGCGGUUUGACUCGUGUACGUAUGAGAGGUGGGGGGGGGGGGGGUCGUGAUGGUGGCGGCUCUCCCUCAGCUCCUGCCCUGAUUGGUGGCUGGCACUAAGGCCAAGCGCAGGGCGGUGCUGGGACUCUAGCCUCUUGUGGACCUGGCCCCGUUCAUGCCAGUGCUGAAUCCCUGGGAGAGCUGCAGAGGCUGGGGCCGAAAUGAAACAGGCUGCAAGUGCCCUUGGAAGGAGGGAAGACUGCCGGGGCGGUCUGAGGGCCGGGGAAGGCUGGCUGCGUUUGGGCUCUGUCUCAGACAGGAUGUGCUCGAGGAAGCAGCCUCUCCCCGCCACGCGCCUGUCAGUUAUGUAGGUAGGUUGACUUCCUUGCAGCUGCCGUUUCCUCUCCUGCUGGAGGGCAGCAGACAAGAACCUGGGUGACUCUUUGUAAGCGACCGCUGUGGUUUCUCCGGGGCAGAGUACUGGGAGGUGGGCGCUGAGGCGGAUGGUGGAACCAGGUUCAGAUCAGCUGUUCAGUGAGAGAUCUCCAUACUAAAUGUAUCUGGAAGCCAAGGAGCGACUGCCGAGGGUGUUACCCCACAGAGCAGGCAGCAACGGUAGGUUAUUAUUCAGGGCAGGCCUGGGUUUUGGCAGGUGGUUUAACCGGGAACUGAGAGUGCAGGAGCUCCAGAGGUGGCAGAAUUCAAUGCAAAGCAGAGAGACGCUAGCAUUAAUAUCCCCUUUCUGCAUCAGAAGGGUGGUGGGAUCAAAGCCCAGGGCACCUGUAGCUCGCCCAGAACUGACCUCUUGCAUGUGCCUUAAUUUGAGAACUGACCCUCAGGGUCUGCUUUGUGAGCUUGCUUUGACACCGCCCCAGCCGAGCCGUAUUCAGUCUAAAUGCCCAUCCCAGAGGUGGUAGCAGCAGCGAUCAGCUGCCCUCCUGUCCGUCACAUGCACGCCCCGUGUCACCUCCUAGCUUUCAGCCCAAUAACGCCGCUGUACUCCACUGAUGGCCUCCAGCUGGCUCCGAACAUUGCAUGUGCGGUGCCUGACGAAAGCCGAUCCCGUCCUACGAACUGCAGGAUGAUUUUCACUUCUACAGCUGUCAGAUCCCUCCUUUAGCGUCAGCCACGCCUGGUCUGAGACCUGGCACUACUGUCCAGACCCAGGGUGGUGUCUGACAGACCGAUUCCCUCCCAUGGGCCGGCUCUGACACAACACAACAGAACGUUCGAUGAGGUUUUGUUUUGAAGCACUUUAACAUGGUGGGGUGUUUCCAUGGUGGCUAAGCCUCUUGGCGGGUCCUAGAAGCACUGAUUAUAUUUCAAAAGACAGGGAGUGGAUUUGUGGGUUUUUUCCCCCUUCACGGUGGGACCUUUCUGGCUGAGACAGGAACCCCGCCUGGGAAUUCAAGACAGCGGAGGGUUUUAAUGCAAAAUGAUGCACAACACUAAUGAAGCUGCUACUGACCCGUUUGCCAAGCUAUUACAGUACUUACCACUCUAAAUCCGUGUAACUGUAUGUGUAUGAGCUCUUUGUAAAUAGAGAGAAGGGUCAUACGAUCCAAUGUACAUGAUAUUCAAUUGGAUUCCUCUCCACUGUAUUAUUGUACAGCAUAACAAUGAAAAUGCCGUCCCUAAUAAACGAAGUUGGUAAGAAGCACCUCAUUGGCUGCUCUUGCUUGA